GAUUAGUUUUUCUUUGUUUUAAAAAGUGCUCUGCCACUUCCUACGCCAAGCUCUCCUCCCCAUAAUUAAGCUUAAGCAACUUCACACACAGAGAAUCUACUAUCUAGAGAGAGAGAAACUAGACAGAGAGAGAGAAAAGUGUCAGAUGCGAUGGCCAGAAGCCAAGCUCCAGGUGAUCAUAGUUCAGAUGAAGACUACAUAGACAUGGAAGUGAGCUCUUCCUCCAGCUUCUUAUGCUAUUCCAUCAGCUCUCCACCACAAACCAGAGAGUUUGAGUUCCAGAUGUCCUCACUUUGUCAAGACAAAGAAACCACAAAUUCCCCAGCAGAUGACCUCUUCUACAAAGGUAAGCUCCUCCCGCUCCACCUCCCACCUCGCCUGCAAAUGGUCCAAAAGAUCCUCCAAACCUCCAACAACAAAACACAGGAAGCCAUUGACGAAAGCUUCAGCAAAACGGAAAGCUCCAGUAUCCCAUUGGACCAGUCCUACAAUAUCGCCCCCUCAGAGUCCUGCAGGGUCAGCAGUGAACUCAACUCAGAUGAGUACCUCUCCGAAUGGACGGCUGACAUGUGUGUGAAUUUCAUUGGUGGGCACAAUGAUCAUCAAAAGAAAUCUUGGUCUACAAAGCUGAAGCAGAUCAAGCAGUCCUCAUUGGGUCAAAAGCUCAAGGCUUCAAGGGCAUAUGUGAAGUCCCUGUUCAGAAAAACCACCUGUGCGGAUGACUACAACUCAUGUGCCGAAGCAGAAGCAGAAAGUGGCUCAAAAGUCAGAGACUUUUGCUCCAACAAGUACAUGAAAGUGGCUGAGAAAACCCCAUUUGGAAGAGUCGACGGUGGCAGAUUCCAAAUAUCAUCAGCCACUCUCAUGAAAAGGAUUGGGAAAGAAAUGGCCGAGGAAAACUCAAACACCCACAGAAAAUCCUUCUGUGGGGCAAUUCAACAUUCAACUGCCCUGCAAUCUCUGUGUUCACCUACAUCUUCCUCCGUUUCUUCGUCUUCCUCGUCUUCUUUCUCCUUCAGCUCAAGUGGGUUCUCAGAUUUGCAGCUGCUGAAGCGAAGUACGAGUGCAAAUUCAGAGCUUGAGAGCUCAAUCGAGGGGGCAAUUGCUCAUUGCAAACAGUCCCAGCAGCUGUUGAGUUCAAGAAUGCAGUUUGUGGGGGUCAAGAGAUCUCACCAAGGUUCAUCCAAUAAUCCUAUGAGAGACGCACACAUGAAUAAUUUGAUUGCAUUAUAUGAUUGAGAUUUUGAGAAUUUGAGAUGGGUUUUCUCUGUUAAUCUCUCUUUUGAAUUUUCGGGGUCCAAUAAAUAUGCAGUAUGCAGUGUGAUUGAUGUACAGGCAUCUGCUUUUUGCACGUUUUUCAGCAGUGUUAGAGCGGAGACCUCGUUCUUGGGGUUUUCAUUCACUUGCGGAUUUAACCGUUCAAAUCAUAAAGUUUAAGCCAACUCUCUCUGGUUCCCCAACUUUUAUGGUACUUGAGAAGUUUUGUAGUUGUGAUUGAUUUCCACAAUCCUUUGUUUGAUUCUCGUUGUUACUUUUUGGAUGAUACAUUAUUGUUUUAUUGAGUGCAAGUGUCCAGUGAGUCUGAGAAAUAAAGUUGCAAAAAGCACUUGACGCUGUUCUGGCUGGA